UUCGCUGAUCAGCGCCUCGCGCUUCCCCGCACUCGACGUGUGGCUGCUAGAGCGGGCCGGCGCACGUGGAUGCAGGCUCGGCUUGAACCUCCGGAUAUGCACGGAGCAGCGCAUGUCGAUUGCAUGGGCGUAUUUCUUACGGUGAUCCUGGCGCAGUCCAUCUGCAUAUGGGUUGCUUCGCACGGCUAUGAAAGGACCAUAUACGUGGAUCCAAGGAAUACUGCAGGUGUCCCGAACAUAUUGAUGGGGAAGCAUGGAGCCAAAAUGGGCGUCAUCAACCCAAGUUGCGACAAUGCACAGUAUCACUUAGACGUUGACUACGGUGGAUCGCCUAAGGAAUACACUUGUACCAUGAAAGAAUUCCUGUGGUAUAUGACUGUCGGAGGCUGGCACCACUCAAUAUACAAGUGCAACCGGGUCAAAAAAGGAUACCGCCCUUAUCAUUACUGUAUGGACAAGAGGAUAAUAUACAGUGAUGCUAUACCCACACACGAAGGACACCGUCCCCUGUGGCCUGUGUACGGCGAAUACAAGUACGUGCCGCCACAGCGCUGGCUGCACAACAUCGAGCACGGAGCCGUGGUGAUGCUGUACCACCCGUGUGCACCAAUGUGGUUUGUGGAUAAGCUACGGAAGCUCGUAAGAGACUGCUUGCGAAAACACAUCAUAACUCCGUAUAGACAACUCACCCUUCAACGACCCCUGGCUCUGGUGGCGUGGCGCUGCAAGUUAGAGAUGAGUCACGUGAACACGAGAGAGGUCAUCAAAUUCAUCAAGGAACACGCCCUGAAAGGCCCCGAGGGACGCUUUUCCAUGGAGGGUCAGUACAGCUACAUGCUGCUUGCGAAAGCCCAUCCGCCGAGUGGAUCCGACAUGGACGACGCUAACCUGUGCCCAGCUGCUUGGGACAACUUGGACGAAUAGCGAUGCCUUUCUCGAGCGCGAUAUUCGCGGUGAUGCACUGUUGCCAAUGGCACCAGAACUUUCGAAACUUUGCAUGUAGAUGGCGCCGUUAAGCGGUUCGUUUUUUUCCUAAAUGUAAAUGAAAAUCCAUAAGUGUUCUCGUUUAACGACUGCUGCACCGAUGUAAACUUAGUACGUCGCCCUUAACUCCACCAGUUUAUUAUAUUUUAGUUAUUGCUAAAUAUCCUUUGUAUACUGAAGUAAAUGAAGUCUUGGCAUUGGUAUUUCGCAACCCUGCGACACCCAGCGUAGCAACAACCAAUACACAACUUCAUAAGCUGCAGCUGAGCAAGCCUCUGUAUUGAAUAAAAUAGUUCCUUUAAGAA